ACUAACUAAUUGACUCCUGCAGUUCUAUAGGUUAAACACACAGGGGCAGUUGAAAAGUUUCACUUACUCAUUUCCCCCAUACAAUUAAGCUUAGCACAAAGAAAGAAAAAAAGCAUUUGAAUAUCCGAAUAUUCAGUCAAGAUUAAUACUACAUGGGACAUUAUCGCAAACUACAAACUCUUUAAUCUCUUUAAUCUCUUUCUCUCUUCUCUCUCUCUGCCUAUCACUUUCUAGAUUCCAAUUCACUUUCGAAUUAAUAUUCUUUCCUUUGGAAGGUAAAAACCCCACGAAACUUUCACAUCCAUGUGACCAUGUCUAAGGUUCUCGAACCCCUAGAAGAAGGAAACACAGUAGAGCCGAAACCCAGUAACCAAGAAGAAGAAGAAGAUCAUCAAGAGACAUCGAAGAAAGAAGAAUCUCUGUGUACACCAACCUCGAGUGAUCACAAGAUUCCGGAGGUUGAGACAUGUCCUCCACCGCCAAGAAAGCGACCGCGUGAGAUUUGUCUGAAAAAGAAGAAAAGAUUGUCCAAAGAUCUUCGGUUCUUUGAAGCCACCGACGUCGGAAGCCAAGAGGUAGAGACUUUAUUUGUCCACGAACCAAACCAUGCCCUUAAGAAACGGAGGAGUAAUAGUGCCUGAAUCAUAUUUGAUUCUGUAGAUACAAGUAUUCUCUCUUGUUUCUUUUACUUUACACAUGAAUUUUCCAUCGCUAUAUUAUAUACCUAUAAUAAUCUUUAGUCCGAAUUCCGUGUUUACAUGAUUUUUGUAUAUUAUAUCCAUCUUUCUUUUGUCUUUUUCAUAA